GUGGGUCUCGGAGUUGACUAAUGGGAAAUGUUUGGCGCUUCCCCCGAUAAAAGAAUUUAUACGCCUCCGCAUGCCUUUUUUUCUCCUCUAUCGCUGACUGUUCGUGGUUCUUCUCUACGACUUUUUCUGUAGUUGAGAUUGUACCAUGCAGUCCACCACCUCUCAGUGGGCUGGUUGGGGCCAAAAAUGGCGGUCUUCGUCUUUAUUCAUCGUCAGUGCGAUGGCGAUGGCCUUAUUCUCUGAUGUCUUCCUUUACGCUUUCAUUGUGCCGAUUCUUCCUUACAUUCUCGAAUCUCGCCUCGGCCUCGAUGUGUCCCUAACGCAGCGGAUGAGUUUCAUAUUACUGGCGGAAAGUGCGGUCGCAUCCCUCAUAUCCAGUCCAUUCAUCGGCCACUAUGCGGAUAAGAUGUCUUCGAAGAAGACCCUGCUCUUAGGAUCAUUAGCUACGGCGCUUGUGUCUACUAUUGUUCUCGCUGUAGCGACGACGACUUUCACCCUGUUCUUCGGUCGCGCAAUACAAUCAAUUGCAAGCUCGUUUAUCUGGACAGUAGGAUACGCAACAAUCGCGGAUAAUGUUAAACAGGAGAACCUCGGAAAGACCUACGGGGUGAUCUCCCUUGUCGUCGCUGCGGGCACGUCGGCGGGACCUAUGGCUGCUGGUAUACUAUUCGAGAUGGGUGGAUAUUGGCUCGCAUGGUCAAGCGCUUUUGCUAUUCUCGUUUUGGACAUUAUUCUCCGGGUAUUGAUGAUAGAGAAACCGAAGAGCCAUCCGGGUACACCGCGCCCCGGAUUCCAUGAUCCCGAGAACGAUCCCCUCUUGCCGAGCAAUGAUAGUGCGGUUGAGGAAAAGACCGGAUGGCACUUCUACAUGUAUCUUUUUCGGCAUCGCCAAUUCGUAUGCGGUGCUAUGAGUUAUUUUGUCUUCGCUAUAUUGAUUUCCAGCUUCGACACCACGAUCCCCCUUCAUGUUCGAGACGCAUUCAAUUGGGGGAGUAUGAUGUCAGGCAUAUUAUUUGCUGCUCUGCAAGGUCCCGGGAUUAUCAUGAGUCCACUUUGUGGUUGGUUGAAGGAUCGCUAUGGCACGCGGUGGCCAACCGUCGCGGGUUUCGCCCUCUUGACGCCGAUAAUGUGGGUUUUGGGUAUGCCUGGCGACGAUCGGUUUCCCUGGGCGAAUCGCGACAACAGAGGAGGGAUCAUUUAUGCGGCCGCUGUAACUGCGGUGGGGACAUUUUCGUGCUUCCUCAAUGGCGCAGGGACUAUUGAAGCUACAGUGACGGUCGAUGAGAUUGAAGCCCGUCAUCCUGGUAUUUUUGGCCCUAAUGGCGGGUAUUCGAGAGCGCUGUCUGUUUCGAGCAUGAGCUGGACAUUAGGAGCAUUCAUCGGCCCUAUAUUGUCCGGAUACCUAACGGAACAGGUCGGCUACUAUGAAAUGAACUGCACUAUAGCGGUGCUGUGCGCCAUUUCGGCUGUCAACGCAUUCUGGAACCUCAAAUCAAAGAGUUGAAGAAACGCUGAUUAUCGGUGAUCUGGUUGUACAUGAAAUUGGUGUUUUCUAUAAUAUCCUGCAGCAAAAGUGCAAUGAUACUUGGCUUAUACUAUACCAGCGUUAAU